AUGUCAAAUGACAAUUAUGCCCUUAGUUCAGUUUGCCAGACAAUGCUCUCCCAAAGAAGGUUUGCCAAAAAUUUUUUGACCGAAGAAAGAGCAGGCAUCUGUAGCAUCUGCAAGCUAGAUAGUAUAAAACGUCCCUGCGACAAGCGUGCCCCGUCUCCACGGAAGGCUUCAAGUGUGAUCACAGUAGAAGGUGGUGGGGUGCCCAAAGCUGUGAUUUCUGCUGACGAGCCCCUCCAUAAAGUGCAGCCAUGUCGUCAGACUCUGGCCAUCUUGGGGGAGGCAGCUCCUUACCUCCGAAAGUCAGAGAAGGAGAGAAUCGAGGCCCAGAACAAGCCUUUUGAUGCCAAGUCAUCUGUCUUUGUCGUGCAUCCUAAGGAAUCCUUUGUGAAAGGGACAAUCCAGAACAAAGACUCAGGGAAGGUCACCGUCAAGACUGAAGGGGGAGAAACCCUGACUGUCAAGGAUGAUCAGAUCUUCUCCAUGAACCCUCCCAAGUAUGACAAGAUCGAGGACAUGGCCAUGAUGACCCACCUCCAUGAACCCGCUGUGCUGUACAACCUCAAAGAGCGUUAUGCAGCCUGGAUGAUCUACGUAAGUACAAGCAGCAGCCUCCUUCCUGCCCCCGCACCCCCCAACAAGGGGCUGCCGGUGUACAACCCGGAGGUGGUGUUGGCCUACCGAGGCAAGAAGCGCCAGGAGGCCCCUCCACACAUCUUCUCCAUCUCUGACAACGCCUAUCAGUUCAUGCUGACUGAUCGCGAGAACCAGUCUAUCCUGAUCACCGGAGAAUCCGGCGCAGGGAAGACUGUGAACACAAAGCGUGUCAUCCAGUACUUUGCAACAAUUGCAGCCAGCGGGGAGAAGAAAAAGGAAGAGCAGUCAGGCAAAAUGCAGGGAACGCUCGAGGAUCAAAUCAUCAGCGCCAACCCACUGCUGGAGGCCUUUGGAAAUGCCAAGACCGUGAGGAAUGACAACUCCUCACGCUUUGGCAAAUUCAUCAGAAUACACUUCGGUGCCACAGGAAAACUAGCUUCUGCUGAUAUUGAAACAUAUCUGCUGGAGAAGUCCAGAGUCACUUUCCAGCUCAAAGCAGAAAGAAGUUACCACAUAUUUUAUCAGAUCAUGUCCAACAAGAAGCCAGAGCUAAUUGACAUGCUUCUCAUUACCACCAACCCAUAUGACUACCAAUUUGUGAGUCAAGGGGAGAUCACUGUUGCCAGCAUCAAUGACCAGGAGGAGCUGAUGGCUACAGAUAGUGCUAUUGACAUUCUGGGCUUUAGCGCCGAUGAAAAAACGGCCAUCUACAAGCUGACAGGGGCUGUCAUGCACUACGGGAACCUGAAGUUCAAGCAGAAGCAGCGUGAGGAGCAGGCCGAGCCGGAUGGCACAGAAGUUGCUGACAAGGCUGCCUAUCUGAUGGGUCUGAACUCAGCAGAUCUGCUCAAGGCCCUCUGCUACCCCCGAGUCAAAGUUGGGAAUGAAUAUGUGACCAAGGGUCAAACCGUGCAGCAGGUGAACAAUUCAGUGGGUGCCUUGGCGAAGGCUGUCUAUGAGAAGAUGUUCCUGUGGAUGGUUGUUCGCAUCAACCAACAGCUGGACACCAAGCAGCCCAGACAGUACUUCAUUGGUGUCCUGGACAUUGCUGGCUUUGAGAUCUUUGAUUUCAACAGCCUGGAGCAGCUGUGCAUCAACUUCACCAAUGAGAAACUGCAACAGUUCUUCAACCACCACAUGUUUGUGCUGGAGCAAGAGGAGUACAAGAAAGAAGGAAUUGAAUGGACAUUCAUUGACUUUGGGAUGGACCUGGCUGCCUGCAUUGAGCUUAUUGAGAAGCCCAUGGGCAUCUUCUCCAUCCUGGAAGAGGAGUGCAUGUUCCCCAAGGCAACUGACACCUCUUUCAAGAACAAGCUCUAUGACCAGCAUCUGGGCAAGUCUAGUAACUUCCAGAAGCCCAAGCCUGCCAAAGGCAAGGCUGAGGCCCACUUCUCCCUGGUGCACUAUGCUGGCACAGUGGACUACAACAUCUCUGGCUGGCUGGAGAAGAACAAAGACCCCCUGAAUGAAACUGUCAUUGGGUUGUAUCAGAAAUCGUCUGUGAAGACACUGGCUUUACUUUUUGCCUCCUAUGGUGGGGCAGAAACAGAGGCUAGCGGUGGUGGUGCAGGAAAAAAAGGAGGCAAGAAGAAGGGUUCUUCUUUCCAGACUGUCUCGGCUCUUUUCCGGGAGAACCUAAACAAGCUGAUG